AUGAUGUUCGGCACGCCAUCUUCUCAUUCUACUUCAAUUUCACAGUUUAAAACAGUAAGUCCUUGAUGUCAUGUUGUUUUAUGUUUAGACGAACAAAUUAGAGUUUUAUCGUGAUCCUCCGAGCAUGGAACUUGACCAGAAUGAACUGUAUGAUGUGUUACAAGAAAGGUUUCAAGUAUUGAACAUAUUGGAGCAGGUGAAGAACAAAGAGAAGUUCUUGAGUCCUGAGUUCAUGGAAGCUUUUAAACGAGUAAGGCUCUGAAGCUUGUUUUAUAUUUUUAAGUUGAAAUAAUGUUAGUUUUUUGUUCUUACAACUUGAAUAAUAUUUAAACUUGGUGUUUCAGGCGAUUGUGAAUAUCCAGCCUUUGUAUUUCAACGAUGCCAACUCCAAGAAGCUUGAAUAUUACCGUAGGCGAGACCUGUUGUCCCACUUCUUGCUCAGAUUGGUUUGUUGUACGGACUCAGGGAAACAGAAAUGGUUUGCUGAUCAAGAAUGUGCUUUGUUAAGAGUUCGAAUCCAAAACAAUGGCAUCGAAUCCCUGAAAGAAGAGUACUUCUCUUCUUGUCGAGUACCUCCAGUGGAGUGUUCAGCUGAAGAGAUAGAGGAACUACAAUAUGAACUAGCUCAAUCUGGCUUUCCAGAAGGUCAUUCUACAUUGUACAAGGUUUACUUUACGGAUUGUAGAGAUUUGGUGGCACAAAGGAAAGCCUUACUUAAGGGAGGGUUCUGCUAUGUUACUAAUGACGAUCUGGCUAAUGGAAUAGUACAAAAGUUUAGGAUCAUGCUUAACCAAUCGAUGGCGGUAAGCUUUAAGUAUAAUAUUAUUGUUUUUAAUUUUUAAUAUCGUAGAUAUUGGUUUCAUAAAUGAUGUUUUAGAAUCAGAUACGAAAAAUGAAGGAUCCAGAAAGUGAAGAUUGGAUCGUGCCCAAGAUGUACAAGCAUUUAUACCCAGAAGCAGCUGUAGGUACUGAAAUUGAAGGCGCUCAAAUUCAGUGGCAACAAAUCAAUUCGGUUAGUUCGACCUUCUAUAACUUCGUGUUUACUUCAAUAUUUAGGUAUCAAAUUUUGACUUUUAAAAACCAAUCGUGUGUUUUAAACUAAUGUAGUUCCAGUUGGCAUACACAUCUUUCCCCUUGUGUAUGAGAGAUAUGCACGAGUUCAUGAAAUUAAAUAAGGGUUUGAAGCAUCAAGGUCGUCUACAAUACUCACUGUUCAUAAAAGGAACCGGCUUGAGUGUGGAAGACUCCCUUGCCUUCUUCAGGACAUUCUGUGAUACCAACUCGUCAAAGGUAAGAACAACUUAUAUUUCAUACAUAUUUCUGUUGAAAUGUUACCCAUUGUAACGUUAUUAUAUAAACAUUGUUUUAGUUCAAAGAAUUCGAGUACAGCAUCAAGCACAUCUACGGUUUGAUCGGAAGUAAACAUGCCAAGAGGCCUUACAACUGUGAAGCCAUAAUCAAGGGGCCGGCUGUCAGUAAAGAUGUUUGCCAUGGCUGCCCAUACAAGUAUUUGGACGAGGAUGGUUUGGCCAAGAAGUUGGAUCGACUACGAGUCUCCGAGAGCGUUAAGGAACAGGUAGGCUAUCGUUUUGUAGGUUAGAAUACGAAUAUGUGAAAAAGGUUAUCUUAUAACCCCAAACAACCGUUUUUACACCAAAAAUUGUAGAUUAUAAGCCUAAAAAACGAGCAUCGCUACGACCUUGCGUGUACAAAAUACUUUGAAAGCUCCCACAAACUGAACCCCGGCCAGCUGGGCUGCACCAUCACUAACCCCAACGACUACCUCAAGUACUCGCUCCAGUACAGUAAUAAAGCUGAGAAGUAG